ACAGGGGGGGGCCUGGUGACCACCACAGCCUCGGGCAAGCGCAUCCGCAAGAACCACGCCUGUGAGAUGUGUGGCAAGGCCUUCCGUGACGUCUAUCACCUCAACCGGCACAAGCUGUCGCACUCGGACGAGAAGCCCUACCAGUGCCCCGUCUGCCAGCAGCGCUUCAAGCGCAAGGACCGCAUGAGCUACCACGUGCGCUCGCACGACGGGGCUGUGCACAAGCCCUACAUCUGCAGCCACUGCGGCAAGAGCUUCUCCCGGCCAGACCACCUGAACAGCCAUGUGCGCCAGGUGCACUCCACAGAGCGGCCGUUCAAGUGUGAGACGUGCGAGGCGGCCUUCGCCACCAAGGACCGGCUGCGGGCCCACACGGUGCGGCACGAGGAGAAGGUGCCGUGUCACGUGUGUGGCAAGAUGCUGAGCGCCGCCUACAUCACCGACCACAUGAAGGUGCACAGCCAGGGCCCCCACCACGUCUGCGAGCUCUGCAAUAAAGGUACCGGUGAGCCCUGCCCGCUGGCGGCCGCGGCGGCUGCGCCCCCAGUGUCGGCGGUGACGGUGCUGGCAGUGCGGGGUGGCGGGCUCCUUCCCUGCCCGUGUGUGCGUGUGCAUGGCUGUGUGUUCGCGGGUGGGCGCGUUCCCCCCGUGCAUGUGUGA